CUUGAGCCUUGACUGCAACCGCCCUUGUGACGAUUGUGUGGCAUACGGCAUGUUCUGCGAGGCCGAAAAGGAACGCUGGUCCCGGCUGUAGCUUUGUCCUGUGGCGGCGUCCGCUUUUGCCAGAUUUGCCAGCAUUCACAAAAGCAGCUUAUGCCCCGUGCGAGUUGUCCCGAGACCUUUGUGGUAUGUGCGCAGUGUUUGCGUGCGCGGAUGCAUUUUUUGGGGCUGGGCUGUCUUGGUGCUGGGCCCGAGUUUAACGUGCCUUGUUUUUGUAUGGUGAUUUUUUUCUCUGGCCUUCCACGCUCUCCGUCUCCUCCUCCAGCCCACUCGACGCUCCGGCACGUCUACACGCACGUCACGUCGUCAGCCCACCGCCCUCUGUCAAUCGCUCUCCUGCUCUGGGUGACUAGUGUCUGCCAAAUUCCCCUUCUUCUGCUUCUUUGCACGUCGACUUCGCGGCCGAUCCACCCAAUCAUCCUCGCCCCCGUAGUCUUCGUCAGCCGCCCGUGCAGCAGCCACCAUCCAUCUGCCUGCGUGCCUGCUUGCCAUCUUACCAGCUAUUCCAUCUUCGCGCCCUCCGACUUCAACGCUCGUCCAUCUUGGUGGCUCGAUUGACUUCGAUCUCGCCUUGAUACCGCAGCCGACUACCUGUUCACGUGUACGAUCGGUCCAGAACCCAUCCGAAGAACACGACCAUCCCCCUCAGUCGACCCAUCCAAGCUUUGAAGCCGCUACCGAUAA